CGAAGGGAUAAUUGGCAUUGAGGUGCAGUUUGUUGUGUGUGAAACAGAAUAUCUCUGCGUUUUGAGGAUUUUAUUAAGAUGACGUUACGUUUCCUACGGCGAUGACUUAUGCUGUGCUUAUUGCAAUAAGAAGUUUACUAUCAUAUUGUCUUGGUUAUAAAUAAGAGACAGAAUGUCAUACCCUGGACAGCCUCCCAUGGGGAUACCAGGCAUGCCACCUAUGCCUUACAUGGUUGGAGCUCCGCCACCCAUUAUAGGAGGUGUAAUGCCUAUGGCUCAUAUGAUUCCAACACCCGUAUCUGCGAUGCAGACCUCAGCACCAGCUGUACGUUAUGCACGCAACCAGGGCCGCCACGAUAACAACAGACGUCGUGAGAGAGAAUCCGGACCUCCGGUUACUGUGUUUGUUGGCAAUAUAAUGGACCGAGCACCUGAUGUCAUGAUUCGUCAUAUCCUGGGUGCUUGUGGACAUGUUCUAUCAUGGAAGAGGGUUCAGGCGUUUGGAUUCUGCGAGUACGCAGGACCUGAUGCUGGCUUGAGGGCUGUUAGACUGUUACACGAUAUGGAAAUUGGUACGAAAAAGCUUGUUGUCAAAGUUGACGCCAAGACAAAGGUCGUUUUGGAUCAGUUUAAAGCUGAAAGACGAAAGAAGCUUAGAGGAGGUCAGUCGCCGUUACAGGAUGAAACUCCUAGCGAAAGUAUCGAAGGUGAGGAAGGCGACGAUUAUAUGGAUGAAGGAAUGAGAGUGGUAGACGCCGAUGCACUUGCUCGCAUUACUCAAAUUAUUACGGAACAUGCUAAUGAAUUAGAAAUGGCUCAAGUUGCUCCAGAGGAGCAUCAGACCAAAAUGGUUGCGAAAUCUUUGAACUUGGACGAUGCCGAAAUAGAAGAAAGUAAGCGAGACUUGAUAACGCGGGAAAUCGGAAAAUUUCGAGAAGUCAUGAAGAAGCAGGAGGAGGAGAAGGCCCAAGUGAAGCGAAAAAAAGAAGCUGUGGAAAAGGAGGAGCGGGAGAAGCGAGAAAAGGAGCGGAAAGACAGAAGAGAGGAUGAUUCCGGUGCUAGGGAUGAUCAGGAUGGCGAACCUGGAAGUCCUUCUGCGUCUCAUAAGGGUCGCAGUGGUAGCACAGGAAGUAACAGAAGAGAUAAGCGUCGCUCAAAGUCCAGGUCCAAGGAACGUGAAAGGGAGAGGGAUCGUCCACGUAGCGAGAGGGAUCGAGAUCGUGGUGAUAGGGACCGUGAAAGAGAACGUGAACGUGAUCGUGAUCGUGAACGUGACCGGGAACGAGAUCGAGAUCGGGAUCGCGAGAGGGAACGUGAACGGGAGCGUGAGCGUGAUCGGGAACGGGAACGGGACCGUGACCGGGAGAGGGAGCGUGAGAGAGAAAGAGAAGAAGCUAGAAAAACUGAACGGGAGAUAAUGCGAGAAAGAGAAGAAGAAGAGGAAGCAAAAGAAAGGAAGAAGAAUGAGAGACGCGCCAGGGAGAAGGAAGCCGUCUACCAGGAACGCCUUCGCACCUGGGAAGCACGAGAACGUCGCAAGCAAAAGGAGUACGAGAAGGAAGCUGAGAAAAGGAGAGGAAAACGGGAGGCGAGAGAACGAGAAGCUAAACGCCUGAAGGAGUUCCUUGAGGACUACGACGACGACCGGGACGAUGCUAAGUAUUACAAGGGCAAGGAACUCUCGCGGCGCCUCGAAGAACGUGCUCUAGAAGCCGAGGCUGAUUCGCGCGACAGAUGCGCCGAACGGCAGGAACUCCAACGACUUCGCGAUAAGCUCUAUGCGGAUGCGUCGCAUCCUGAUCCUGCCGCAGAAUUCGAACGGCUCAAAGCCGAACGAGAGGAACAGUACAAGCCGAAGCCGGUGAUCACGAUUAUCGACGAGGAGGACGAGAAGGUUAUGAAAAAGGAAAAAGAGGUUAUCAUGCCACCAAUAGAAACCGAGCCAAUCGAUAGUGAUAGUGACGACGGAGUUCACUUCGAUGACGCUUCGCAACCUGAAGUACCAUCGAGAACUCCGCCUCGACAUCAUCAUCAUCAUCGGCGACAUCAUCGUCAUCAUCAGAAUCAUCAUCGUGACGGAGAAGAGAGCGAAGAUAUUAUAGAGGCUGACGGGGAAAGCUUAAAGGAUAAAAGAUCCUCGCCAACUCUAACUGUGGCCACACCGGCGCAAUCACUGCCACCACAUCUUGACGAGGAUUCUCGCAUGUCACUUGUCAGUGAACCUGAGAAAACCAGUAGCAGUAAUUUUGUUCCAUUUGCAAUGGGCGGUGGUGGUAGUCGAGGUGGAGAUCAUGCAAUAGGUAACAAAACACCUGCCAGUCCGACUGCCAGUGUCAAUGUGAAUUCUCAACAGUCAAAUCAGCCAAGGAAAAAGGGUCGCAUCGACGUCAAGGAUGUUUUCAAUAACGACGACGAUGACGACGGUACCAAUAAUUCCAAGAGACGUAAACUCGUUCCUCUAGAUUAUGGCGAAGACAAGAAGAAGAAGGGCGGCGAGGAAACCGUUAAAGCCGGAAAGGAGGAAAGCACAAAGAGCCAGGAAGAGAAACGAAAACACAUUAAAUCUCUUAUCGAUAAAAUUCCUACAGAUAAGAAUGCCCUGUUCGGCUAUCAAUUAGAUUGGGCUGUAAUCGAUAACAUGUUAAUGGAAAAGAGAAUACGACCAUGGAUCAAUAAAAAAAUUAUCGAAUAUAUUGGAGAACCCGAACCGACGCUGGUUGACUUCAUUUGUAGUAAGGUAAUGGCCGGCAGCUCGCCUCAGGGUAUCCUUGACGACGUACAAAUGGUCUUGGACGAGGAAGCUGAGGUCUUCGUAGUGAAAAUGUGGAGGUUAUUAAUUUACGAAGUCGAAGCGAAGAAAAUGGGUUUAGUCAAAUAAACGCAAUUUAAUGUCAAACGAUAAUCUGACUUACGAUUUUCACAAAAAAAGAAAAUUCUUAUAAGGUGUAAUGCUUAGGUUAUACGUAUAUACAUAUACAAUUACCUACGUAUUAUUAGUACGCAUUUCCAAUUAGUCAACCACUAUUGCGAUAUGCUGAUCAACUGAUGAGUGAACUAUAUGUGUAGCAGUUAUGAUGUUAAAUACAAUUUGUAAUUAUCAUUUAUAAUAUCCGUAUGUUUUGUGUGUCCACGCAAGGCGACUGCUACGAGAGAGUAAGAAAAAAAGGAGAGAAAGAUUUUGAGUGUGCAUGUAAUAUGGGUUUGAAAGAGUGAGGAGGCGGAGGACGAAGAGGAAUUACGGUAGGCCGAAAUAUAAGAAAUAUAAUUGUUUGUGCUUUGUAAAAAAAAAAUGUAUAUUACGUCUACAAAUUUUACCAUCCUCCAAUGGCAGAAGAGAUGCGAAGAAUUUUUCAUUACGGUCCUACUGUACCGGAUGGGGAUGCUGAGUCGGGAAAGCACUACCAGCAUAUAAACUUUUAAUGCUGUGCCGAUAACGUGGAAAACGCAUAGGCGUAAUAUGAAAAUUUAUCCGAUGAAACAAGAACAGUAAAACAGGGGCACUUGCUAUUGGAUUUUUUUUUAGAUACUAACGUUUUUCUUGUAGAUUAAAUGAAAUUUCAUUCUGCUGUUAUUUCGUAAUAACAUUCUUCUGCGAAAACUCUUUUCUUUUCUUGUCUUCAGCACGUGGGUUGUCUUUACUCACAUCUCUUGAUAUAUACACAUAUAUAUUUUUUAUAAUCUCAAACCAAAAAAUAAUUCUGUAUUCUUUAUGGUGUUGAGAAAAGUUAAUUUUUUUAAUACGUCAAUACGGAAAGUAAUAGAUAGAUUUCUUUUUUAUUACUUCCAUUAAAAAUACACUUAUUGCCCAGAAGUAUGUUCUGCAUUGGCUAUAAAUUAUACACGUGAUAUUUCAAUUCAACUAGUGAGACACCUUCCGUAUAAUUUUACACUAUUUAAGAAAGUCUCACGUUAAUCCAACAAUUUUAAGAUAACCCGAGUUUAUAUAAAUUGAUAAAUUCAAAAAUCGAUUGCCCACUCGAGAGGGAGCUGCGCAUUACAAAACAGUGGGAGGCAUGGAAGUCGAAAUCUGUACCGACGAAUUAUUCAAAUAAAACUUUAUAUAUCAGCUAUAAGAAUAUAAAAUAAAAAGAAUUGAAAUGUA